CCAAUGUUCAAGUUCCAUUAAAAAAAGAAGAAAAAAAAGAAAAAAAGAAAGAAAAAAAGCUGAGGGAAGGAAGGAGAGAGAGAGAGAGUUGAGGGCAAUGGCUGCUGCAAACAACACCUCCAUUGCUACUGAAGACUGCAAGAGCCAUGUCUCCUUCCACUUACUGAACUCUGAAAGCAGGGAUUUCCUAAUCUCUCCCUCUGGGAACCAGGUGAAAAUUUAUGAGUUGAAAGGGAAAACGAUUGGGUUGUACUUUUCUGCGAACUGGUACUCCCACUGUCAGAACUUCACGCCUAUCUUAGCCAGCAUUUACAACCAAUUGAAGGAACAAGGUGCUGAAUUUGAAAUUGUGUUUGUUUCGUCUGAUGAGGAUCAGAGAUCCUUUGAUGAGUUUCAUGGAACCAUGCCUUGGCUUGCCAUACCCUUCUCCGAUCUACAAUCAAAGAAAGCUUUGACUCAGAUGUUUCAAAUUGAAGGUAUUCCUUCCCUUAUCAUACUUGACCCAUCCGGUAAUCCAAUACAAACGGAAGGCGUUGACCUUGUCUAUCGAUACGGCAUCCAGGCGUUUCCUUUUACUGCAGAAAGGAUGGAAGAGUUGGUAGCUGAAGAGAAAGCAAAUCAUGCCUCUCAGACUCUAGAGAAACUGCUCGCCACUGACAGUAGGGAUUACGUCAUUGCUCAAAAUGAACAGGUACCCAUUUCCUAUUUGGUUGGGAAAACAGUAGGACUGUAUUUCUCAGCUCAAUGGUGUCCUCCCUGUGUGAAAUUCACUCCACGAUUGUUGACCGUAUACAAGAAUCUUAAAGAAAAGAAAGAGGACUUCGAGAUAAUCUUUAUCUCAAUUGACAGAGAUGAAGCGGGUUACUUGGAGUGCUGUAAGUCAAUGCCAUGGCCUGCUUUGCCCUAUGGAGAUGAGACAGCGAAGGUCUUAUCAAAGUAUUUCAACAUUCAAGGAAUUCCAUCACUCAUCGUAAUUGGACCUGAUGGAAAGACGGUCACAAAGGAAGGACGCAAUCUCAUCAAUUUACACUCAGACAUGGCAUACCCUUUUACUGAAGCCCAGCUUCUAUUGCUUCAAGAAAAGCAGGAUGAAGAAGCCAAGAGAUACCCAAAAUCUUUCCAUCACGUGGGUCACCGUCACAUACUGAAUUUAGUGUCAGCUAGCUCGGGGGGUGGCCCGUUUAUAUGCUGUGAGUGCGAUGAGCAGGGCUCAGGGUGGGCAUACCAGUGCAUCGAAUGUGGAUACGAAGUCCACCUCAAGUGUGCUCGGGAGGUCGACAGAGAUAACCCUGAAAAAAAACAGGUGAGGACUGUUGAUCCAUUCUGUGCUUGUAGCAGUGCUCCCUGAGGAUAUUGGAAUGAACCAGUCUUUGGGUUUCUAACACUGAGUAAGAAUCAAAUUGUAUAGAAUCUAUAGAUUAUGUGGAGGUAUUUCAAAGAUUAGUGAAGACAGAUAUAGAUGGUCGCCCUCGGUGUGUGUAAAUCUUGGUGUGAAGCUAAUGGGAUUCUUCAAGCAGAAAACUCCCAUUCUAUCCAAGAUCUGGAGCCUAGUUGCUUUCCGAAACCAGGUAUUUCAUGCCUCUGUUUGCUUUUCCGUUGUUGUGUGUGUAGUUCGUAUCGGAUUUUGGGGGACUCAUUAGUAGUCCUUGAUAAUUGUGUGUUUCUUCCUCUAAUUGUAUUGGGUGAUGAUGACUCCUAACUUAAUAGGGAAGUAUGAGUGGAAGUGUUUGCAUUAAUAGCAUGUAUGCUACAAUUUACUUCUGCA